AGGAAGGACUAGGUUGUUCUUGUAAAUAAGCAUUUGUUCUUAACUGAUUCCAUAUGUGUUAUUUCAUAGUUGUGAUGUCUUCACUAUUAUUCUACAAUGUAUGUAACUAUUCUUCUACAAGGAUCCAACUAAAGAAGAUGCGUUAUGGAGAGAUUGUAAAGACUAAUGUUUAUCCCCGGUAUAAAACAAACUAGCUAGCGUUAGCCGAAUGUAAAAGCCAUGUAUGCUGUUUUUAAUACAGAAAUCCUCUGAAGCCAACAGUCAUGUGAGAUUUUUAUGUUGUUGAAAAUUACUAGUAUUUCCAUUUUUCAAAUGUUCAUGUUUAUUUUUUGUUCGUUGUUGAAAUAAUGGUGGAAUUGUACAACAGUUUUAAAGUGUAGAAUGAAUAGACAAAACAAAUGAAGAUGUCAAAUUUGAACUUACUGUAUCCCAUGUUGAAAAACUACACACACACACACACUCUCACACAGUGCAUCUAAGUAGGCCUAACUACAACCAUUCUGUCCUGGAAGUCAGUUCAGCCUUCCACAGAGGUGAAAUACUGAGUCAACUUUUCCCUGACAGAAACUGCCUCCUGACCUGCUCUGUUGGCCUGGAUGGCUCUGCCUCUCAUGCCUCAUCCCUGCCUCAUCCCUGCUGUAGUCACAUCUCCACAUCACAAGGCUUUGUGAGGACGUUGUGGAGGAUGCACAUUGCAACCACUAGGGUAUCAACCUUGCUUGGGAAAGUUGGAUUGUGCAAAACCAGAUGGAAGUCCCUCCGUGACAUUUUUGAAAGGCACCUACGGAAGGCCCAGCCCAGUGGUUCUGGGGGAACCAAUCAGAAAGAAUGGAAAUACAUGAAAAUAUGAUCAUUCUUGAUACCUUACGUCCAGCCAAGAAGCUCAAGAGGCAACCUCAGCCUUGAAAAUGCUUAUUCGCCUCAGCCACGAAAAUGCUGAUUCGCCUCAGCCUUGAAAAUGCUUAUUCGCCUCAGCCUUGAAAAUUCUUAUUCGCCUCAGCCACGACCGAUGGAUCCCGAUGACGCUGAAGACGCCGUCUCUGAGCCAUGACCAUGUGCUUCAGAUGCCUGAACAACAGUCACCAGCGGAUAAAGGAUCAAAGAUUGUCAUUUUGGAUAAAACCCAGUAUCUGAUAGAGGCGAGUAGGCAGUUGAGUAAUUCGAAACAUUAUAGAUCACUGACUCAUUCAUUGCAGCAGGAGAUCCAGAGACAAAUGAGGGAGAUUAUAGGGGAACUUUAUGAGAAUAAUUACAUUACAGACAAACAAAUGUUUUAUCUAUUUGGACCAGAUACCCCACGCCCCAGACAAUUGUAUUUGUUGCCUAAAAUCCACCAACCUCCUGAGACUUGGACCAUUCCCUCAGAGGUUCCAUGUGGUAGUCUGAGACUUGGACCAUUCCCUCAGAGGUUCCAUGUGGUAGGCCGAUUGUAUCGGAUUGUGGUUCAGAAUCGUAUAGAAUAGCGGAGUAUUUGGAUUAUUUCAUAAAUCCCCUGUCACGGAAACAUCAAGGUUUCAUUAAGGAUACAUACGAAUUUGUGACAAAAUUGAAAGGAAUUAGUGUGCCUCAAGAAACUGUGUUUUUUUCAAAUUGAUAUAGACUCCUUGUAUACUAAUAUUGACACCAACUUGGGUCUUAGAGCAAUCAGAAACAUUUUCCAUAAAUAUCCAGACCUAGAUAGACCAGAUGGGGCUUUGUUACAACUAUUGGAACUUAGUUUAAAAAGAAAUGACUUUGAGUUCAACUCUAAUUGGUUCCUUCAAAUCCAUGGUACAGCGAUGGGGAAGAAGUUUGCCCCGUCAUAUGCCAAUAUUUAUAUGGCAGAAUGGGAACAAUCAGCCUUCCCCAAAUGCAUAAAGCUUCCAUUUUUGUAUUUACGGUACCUAGAUGAUAUAUUUGGGUUAUGGACACAUUCUUCCUCAGAUUUUAUGGAAUUUGUGAAUAUUUUGAAUACACAUCAUCCGUCGAUCACGAUUAAAUACAACGUUCAGCCGGAACGAUUAGAAUUUUUGGACACCGAGGUAUUUUUUGUAGAGGGGAAUGAUAACCUGAAGCAAUUAGCAACAAAGGUUUAUUUUAAACCUACGGACACUCAUUCCCUCUUACAUAAAUCCAGUUUUCAUCCAAAACACACCUACAGAGGGUUGAUAAAGUCGCAGCUUAUAAGAUUUCAUAGGAUUUGUACACAGGAAAAACAUGUAAAGGAGGCUAUAGGAAUUCUUUUUAAGGCUCUCAGACCCAGAGGAUACUCAAAACGUUUCCUCCGCACCAUAAGAGCGGAGGUGAACACUAUGGUGGUAACUGAACCUAUAUAUGGGCGGACUAAUAACGAUGGAUGUAUUAUCCCAUUUGUCACCACAUAUUCACAGUCUUCUAUGAAAUUUAACUCCAUAGUGAAGGAUCAUUUUAAGCAGACAAGUGAGGAUGGGGACACCCUCGAACAGUUUAGAGUAAUAUCAGCAUAUCGGCGAAAUAAACAUUUGAAAGAUGUGCUGGUACACUCUGGAUUCAAGGAGAAGCUGGCGCGGAGGGGACCACACUUUAGACAAGUAAAAUAUAUUCAGAAUAAAUGGUCGGGUCUAGGGGCCCCAGUAUGGGAGGGAUUUCAAUUGAAGACCACCAUCAUUGUAUAUGGAAUUGAAUGUCUGAAAUGUGGGAAACUGUAUAUUGGAGAAACCAGGAAUUCCUUGGAAGCCAGACUCAAACAACAUCUAUAUCAUAUAAGUAAAGAGUCAGUUAAAACCAUAUUAUACACCCACUUUAGAUCUCAUCCAGUAGCUCAGUUAAGAAUAGCAGGGUUGGAAUCUAACCAAGGGUGGGCGCUAAAACAUAGACAGAUCAAGGAGAGAAGUUGGAUCAACAAAUUGGGUUGUAAUCCCACAGGUCUUAAUGAAAAGUAUUAGAGACCCUAACCCUUCUAACCCUGACCGGAACAUUAAACCUGAACCAUCCUAGUUUACCCUCACCUUAACCUGAGCAAUCUUAGUCCAAACCCUAGCCGAUAAUCCCAUUCCUGAACCAUCCUAACCCUAGUUAACCCUCACCUUAACCUGAGCAAUCUUAGUCCAAACCCUAGCCGAUAAUCCCAUUCCUGAACCAUCCUAACCCUAGUUUACCCUCACCUUAACCUGAGCAAUCUUAGUCCAAACCCUAGCCGAUAAUCCCAUUCCUGAACCAUCCUAACCCUAGUUUACCCUAACCUUAACCUGAGCAAUCUUAGUCCAAACCCUAGCCAAUUAUCCCAUUCCUAACCUUAACCACAAUCUUAACCUCAAGUCUAUUUCAAUCCCUAACCCCAAACUUUGGCCCCAAUACUGAAACUAAGUUUAACCCCAGCCUCAAAUUUAACCCUAACUUGGACCCCAAGCCUAACCCCUUGGUUCACCCUAACUAUAAUCCUUAUCCUAAUCCUAAAACCUAAUCUUAAUUUUGACUAUAACCUUAACCUUAAUCCUAAUCUAAACCCUGACCUUAACCUCACCCUUAACUGCAGCAAUCCCCACCCUAGCUCUAACCUUAACCCCAAUCCUAAACUUAGCCGCAGCCCUGACAAUAACCUUAGAUUUAAUCCUAACCCGAACCAUAAUCCUAACCUUAACCCCACCUCAAGCCCUAAUCGCUAAUCCUGAACCUUGACCUAGAUUCUGACCUUAAUUCAAACCCAAGCCUUAAAUAUAAUCCUAACCUUAACUCCAAGCCUAACCCCUUGGACUUAAAACGUGGACGUAAGGAAUCCCAUAGGCCUGAUAGAGAUUAACCAGUCUAACCCUAACCGGAUUCUUAAACUCGAACUCGGGCUCCAUAAAGAGGUAUCCUGAGGAGCCUGGUAAUUAGGGAGCAUGUGUUGAUGUAUUGCCUGGAGGUUUAUCCUCUUAGGGGAAAAUGUUAUUUUUAUCUGUUUUCCUUCCGGUAUGAACCAUAACCCCUUUUUUGGGGAAUAUCUCCUAAUUUCCCGUAGAACAAUUAUGUAUCCUUAGGAGCAAUAGAAUUAGAGAACAUGCGCCCGUGUACUUGGUCCUCUUGAAGGGCAAUUUUUUCUUAAACCUAACCCUAACCCCUAACCCUGACCCUAACCCUCCCCCAUAACCCUAAACCUCCUAACCCUCCCCCAUAACCCUAACCCCUAACAAUAACCCUCCCCCAUAACCCUAACCCUAAACUCUAACC